AUGUCCACCUUGUCGAUAGGUGGAGCUGACUGUUUAUCGGACUGCUGCCUCCAAGUGUGUCAGCUCUUCUCCACUUGUGUGGCUUUCUCCCUGGUGGCUGACAUGGGCAUUGGGCGGGGGGCUCUAGGUAACUGGACCCUGUCCAUCUGGUGCUUCUGUUUUGCUGUGACUCUCAUCAUCCUCAUGCUCCAGAUUUGGAAACUCAUGUCUGAUUUUCCUUCCAUCAGGUACAAAUAUUCUGUCACCUAUGCCUGUUAUGCUGCUCUCCUCUGUCUCUCUGUCUCCGUCAUCUACUCCACCACCUACGUCCAAUUCCUGCCUUAUGGGCCUUACCGGGACCGGGCCAUCGCUGCCAUUGUAUUCUCUUGCAUCGCAUUUCUGCUUUAUGCCGUGGAAGUGGGAGUGAUCUGGAGAGUUUUUUGGUUCAGUGAUGUCACCUGCUAUGUGCUCACUGUGCCAGGCCUGCUGAAGGUGCUGGAGACCUUCACGGCCUGUGUCAUCUUCGCCUUCAUCAGCAACACCUCCCUGUACCACGACCAGCCGGCCCUGAGGUGGUGCGUGGCCGUGUACACCAUCUGUUUCCUCCAGGCCGCCGUGGUCCUUGUACUGAACCUGGGGGACUGUGAAUACAGGCUGCCCAUCCCCUUCCCCAUUUUCCAGCUGGGGCUCACCCUGCUCUCCGUCCUCCUCUAUGCCAGUGCGGUGGUCCUCUGGCCUCUCUACCAGUUUGAUGAGAAGGUGGGGGGCCAGCCCCAGCGGUCCAGUGAUGUGAACUGCUCAAUUAUGGGUGACCCCAACUACUACGUGUGCCCCUGGGACCAGCGACUGGCUGUGACUGUCCUGACUGCCAUCAACUUGCUCCUUUACGUGGCUGACCUGGUGUUCUGGUCCUGUCGGGUUUCUGUGGGGACUGAAGAUCCUCCCAGGGGCUCCUGAGUCACUCUUCUCACCAGAGGUAUCUUUCUGGAGUCUGAUGCCCCCUGAGAUCCUCUUCCUGGCUCUCCUCGCUGCCUUCUCGCAUCCUUCCCCACUCGUCUCACUCCCUUUUCUGUCCCCUUCCCUCCUCUGCUCUGUCUCCCUUCCUCUUUUCUUUGGUGGCCCACAUCCUGUUCUCCCUCGUCCUCUUGCUGCUCUUACCUUUUCUACAUGUUCUGCUCUGGCUCCUUCUGGUCGUCUGUUCUUUUCUAAUCUCCUGUGCGCUGACACUUCUUUCUUCUUCGCAUCAAUAGGGGCCCUGAGACAUCUUCCUUCUCUGCCCCCCUCAUCCCCUAAGGUGCUGAACUCACAUCACACAGGCCUCUGUGCAGCUCUUCCUACCCUGGGCCUUGGGAGGGGCCUCAUGGCCAAAGCCGCCUGUCCCCUGCUGUGCAUUAGUUGGUGUGUGUGUUUGGUGGGGGUGGGUCGCUAGGAAUUCAGCCCCCUUUCUCCCAGUGGAGGCUGGUGUGCAGUGUACCUCCCCUUUAAACAUUAACAAAAACAACUGUGGGGGUCAAUAAUUUCCAGUGAGCAAGAGGCUUAAAGCAGAAACCCUGGGGCGGAGGCCCUGCCCGCCUGGUAGCACACCAGUCCCACCUGAAACUGGCUCCAGAGUCGUUGCAGGCUUAUUCAAAAUGCUCUGACUAGAGCCCAUUUACAAGGUAGCAAGGAGCAGGUGCCUUCCAUUCCCGCUGCUCUCUGGGGAGUCAAAAACAGAACUGGCCAAGGACUGAGUGCGUUGUCUUCAAGACAACUGUGUGAAGUGUUUGUGAGGGACAAGCCUGUGACCCACCAGCCUCAGUGCCAAGACAGCUGGCCCUGCCUCUGCAAGGAGAAAAUGGCCACUGCCAGGCUUAAGGUGGCACAGCCUGGGUAGCUUUUCCGUUCUUUUUUCUCAUCACAAGGGCCAAAAGUACUGUGUGCUCAAACUAGCAUACUCUUAAAGGGGAAGUAUGUUUCAGAUCUCUUGGGGGGAGCGGGAGGAUGGGAAGAGUCAAAGUACUUGUACUGCUUGACAGUGCUAUGCCCACAUGCGUUUCUUGUUGGCCAGUUGUUUUCUGCUGCUGCUUCCUGCUUCUCUGGGACUCCCAAAUAAUGCAAUAAUAUGAAUGUGUAUCAUUGUUAAAAGGUUUCCUGGAGCUUCUGGCUCCCAUCAGCCUCUGCUGUCCAUCAGAGAGAGAAUUGUCCCUUCUCCCACACUCAUGAUGUCCUUUUUAAACCUCAAUCCGAAAAUAAAAGACAAAGCCACAAAAUCAACCUUCCCUCAUUGACCCACAUUUGCCUGGAGUUCAGAAGAAACUGAGUAGAUUUCCAUUCUCAUACAAACCAGCAUCUCUGCAAGCCUGCCCCACUGCCUCCCAAUUCCCAUCUUAGGCAGAGUCUUAGGGGCUUGGCCCAGCCCUGGGACACUGGCAGUUUGGCCUCACCCCAGUGCCCAACAUCCUGCCCCCUAGGUCUGAAAGGGGCUCUGCCAGCACCUGGAGGCCUCUGUGCAAAUGUUUGUGCAUGCUCAGGGUGUGGAAAGCAGCUCCUUACAGGAACUGGUGGCUGCGAGGCACCACAAUCCUUCUUCCUUGCCUGCUCUCGGUGCAAAGCCUCAGAGUCCAGCAUCCCAGUGUCAGCAGGGCAGAGGGGCCAGGCCAGCGGAGCUGUGGGGGAGUGGAGGAGAAGGCCCCUCACAGCUGCCUCUCACUCCUGUCCUGGGAGGAAGCAGGGGUUCCUCACCCAGGGGCCUCACAUGGCAGGAACAUCUUAAGAAGGAAAGAAAUAAAAUGCACAUUUUAAGGCACGAAAAGUUUAAAGCUAAAAAUGUUUCUUUGCUCUUUGGUCCUCCUGCCUCCUAAGGAGGGUGUAUUGUGCACCUGCCUUGUGUGUUAACCAGAACCCCAAGGGCAGAAGUGUCUGCUCUAGGACAU